AUGGCGCUCCCCACCGUCCACGCCCUCGAAAGCUGCGCCGACUUCUCAACCGCCGUGCAGCCCUUCCUCCCACAGCUCUACGACCUCCCCCACCAGCUACUCGACAUCGCCACGGGCCAUAGCGGACGGAGUCUCCUCCAGCUCUACGCCGAGACCAACCCGCUCAUAUCCGGGUUUGCGGCAUCUGUGGCGCUGGGCGCCGUGUUUCUAGUCUUGGCUGAGAUCAACCGCAACUACUCGCAGGUUGACCGCGCGUGGAGCGUGCUGCCGACGGUGUACAUCGCGCACUUUGCGGCGUGGGCACGGUUGACGGGUGUUCCGCAUCAGAGGGUGGAUGCGGCGUUGUUGUUUAGUGCGAUUUGGAGUGCUCGUCUCAGCUUCAACUACUGGAGAAAGGGGGGUUAUGGGAUUGGGCAUGAGGACUACAGAUGGGAAAUCAUCCGCCAGUACAUCCCCAAGUUCGCGUUCCACGUCUUCAAUUGGACGUUCAUCUCGUUCAUCCAGAGCAUCUUGCUCUUCCUGAUCGCGGCCCCCGUGUACACCAUCCUGCUGGCGUCCACGAUCGAACCGGACCUUACGAGCGCCGACAUCGCCUCUGUGGCCAUCGAGCUAGCUCUCAUCCUCACCGAGUACAUCGCUGACGAACAGCAGUGGGGUAAGCAUGCAUAUUUAUAUCACUCACCUUCACCUCCCCGCGAAAUACCGCAUCACGCAACCAUCCACCCACUCACCCACACAUCCACAUCAAGCAAGCAAAGCACUAAUAAUCCCGCAGUCUACCAAUCCGCAAAGAAGCAGUACCGCGAGACCAACAAAGUCACGCGCGGCUUCCAACAAGCCGACCUCGACCGCGGUUUCAUCACCACAGGACUCUGGGGCCACAGCCGGCACCCCAAUUUCGCCGCCGAGCAGUCCAUCUGGUUCGUGCUCUACCAAUGGAGCUGCUACGCCACCAAGACGCUGUACCACUGGACCGGCGCCGGGCCGGCAUUUCUCGUGCUGCUCUUCCAGGGCUCGACCUGGCUCACGGAGCUGAUUACUGCGGGGAAAUACCCGCAGUAUGCUGACUACCAGCGCCAGGUUGGGGCUUUUGCGCCGUGGGGGUUUAAGGCGUACGAUGCGUCGUCGGCAUCGAAGUCGUUGGCGUCGUCGCCGAAGGUGAUUCGGACGAGUGAGCUGGCGAAGAAGGCGCAGGAGAAGGAGACGAAGAAGCAGAAGUGA